AUGAUCGCAUCGCUAGCGUUGACCUCUCUCCUCGCCCUUCCCUCACUGUUCAAGAGUGUCUCCGCCACCCCUGCGGAACCUUCCAUUGCUGGACGAGCUACCUGCACCGUUACUGGUGCUCAAAACGCUGGUACCGAUGACGUCCCUGCUAUCGAGGCAGCCAUCGCCUCUUGCUCUACAGGUACCGUCGUACUCUCGGCUGGCGUCACCUACGCACUUCGGAGUACACUCGACCUCUCUGAAUGCUCGGGAUGCACCAUUGCGAUAGAAGGAACACUCAAGCUGUCGGACGAUCUGGACUAUUGGGAGGGGAACCAGGCUGCCAUCUUGGUCAAUGGAGUUACAGGCGCGACCAUCACUUCGCAGACUAGCACCGGCCUUGUUGAUGGGAACGGUGUACCGUUUUGGACCGAAUUCGCCUCGAACUCUGACUACGCUCGCCCGACCUUGAUGUACAUCGAGAAGUCCUCGGGUAUCACCGUAAGCAACCUCAGAUUCAAGAACGCACCCAAUGUCUUCCACUCCGUCACCGGCUCUUCCACCAAUGUGAUCUACACCGGCCUUCAACUUUCCGCUGUUGAGGACGAUGGUGCUGUCCCAAAGAAUACCGACGGAUUCGACGUGGGCUUGUCCACGUUCGUGACGAUUCACAACACCACAGUCGUAAACGACGACGACUGUGUAGCAUUCAAGUCGGGGUCAAGCUUUACCACCGUCACUGACAUCACUUGCACUGGUUCUCAUGGUAUAUCCGUGGGCUCGCUAGGCGGUGGGGAAGGCUCGACUGACACGGUGGAGAACAUCUACGUGAACGGCGCCACAAUGAUCGACUCCACCAAAGCCGUCGGCAUCAAGCUUUACGAAGGUGGUUCAUCGCAUGGAACCGCGACCGUCAAAAACGUCACUUUCGAGAACGUCGUCGUUCAAGGGAGCGACUACGCCGCGCAAAUACAAAGCUGCUAUGAUUCCGCAAGUGCGGCCAACUGUACUGCCAAUCCCAGCACUAGCUCCAUUACGGAUGUAAACUUUAUCAAUUUUUCGGGGACUACUUCCAGCACGUAUAGCCCGACGGUGGCCAACCUCAACUGCCCUGGAGCCGGAACGUGCGACAUCUCUUUCACAGGCUUCACGGUGAAGAACCCCUCCGGAACAUCUACUGUUCUGUGCUCGAACAUAGACGACUCGAGCAGCCUGGGCUUGACAUGCAGCGGUGCUGCUUCUGGUUGA